AUGAAUAGGCUGUUGUUGCUACGGCGCAACGCUACGCUGCAAGAAGCAACCGGGAAGACGGAUGCAAAGACCCAGUCCCGUCGGAACCUCCAUAAUAGCCUUCCCAAUGCUCGCAUGGGUCUCCACGAUGAUCUUCUUCUGAACGGAGUGUGUUCUUCAGGGCAAGCCUUGGGUGGACACAAAAGAUCACAUUUUGCAGAUUCUGUGUCAGCAAUUGUUAGCCCAGAAGCCUGUUCUGCUUCCACUUCUACCCCCAUGAAUCUUGAGAAACAAGGGCUAUCAAGAACUGGAGGUGCUUUAAUAGAUCUCAACCUUCCUGCUCUAAUGGAAGAUUAUAAUGAUGAUGGUCUCAGUACUAUUACUUAUGUUUAG